CAAUAGUUGUGCGAAAAUCAGAGCAAAUGUUGUGUCAAUUGUCUCUCAUUUGACACUCAAUUAUCGCAAUCAGUGGUCAAACGGAUCGCCCAUUCAUUGGCCGCAAAACAGCAUUCAAUCAAAACUUACGUCAAUUAGUGGUGUAUUGGAUGUCAGCGACGGAUCCGAUGGACAGAGACUUGAGUUCAGUUUUGAAGCGAAGACACAAUCCGUGUCUUCAAAAAGCGUUGUCUGUAAUAAUGAUUGAGUUAUUAAACUCGCGAAGAAUGGCAGUAAUUGUGGUGAUUCUGAUAGCGGUGUGUAUUGUUGUGAUCAUAUGGGAGGACCUGUUGGCCGAUAAUGUGGACAAACCGUCGCCGCAUAGACUCAGCCAUACUGUGGACGACCUCCUGAUGGCCAACAGGUCGGCCGCCAAUGCCAUCGUCGGAGGCAAUGGUGUCCUCAAUUCAAGUCAUGUCAAACACAUUGAGAGCGAGAAUACGAAAACUGAGUCCAAGUGUUGGCGUUUCCAAGAGUUUGAAGUGUUGUCCGGAUGUGAUGUUUGCGAUGUCGAGGACACGCUGUCCAAGCAUUUGAUCGCUUGUCACACUUCAGGCUUCAAACAACUGGUGAAAUGCCAUUCAAUUGAUGAACCGGAGGAAGACAUCCAUAUUUGUGGUGUUUGUAAGCAGUCGUUUGGAGACAUCAAUACAUUUGUUAACCACAAGAAAGUCUGUAAACAUAAGAAGCCAUUAAAAUCGGCCACUCAUUGCACUCCCAAUGAAUCCACUAAAAAAAGUUUUGAGAAAUCAAUUAAAAAGAAUAAAAGUCUACCGAAACAAAAGAAAUGCAAACCAUUGGCUAAAAGUUCACCAAAAGUGGACAAAAGUUUGCCCGAAUUAGAUGUGAACUCAAGUGAAUCCCAAGAAAUGCCGUCUUUAGAUACGGACACUUCUGCGAUGGGAAUGACAACUACGACGACCACAACCAACACUGAGAUGGAAUCGGAUGUGAUUCAGUCAAUGACCACAUCCACAGACAUUGCAAUCUUUUACUCUAAUGACGAAAGGCCCUAUAAAUGCCAACUCUGUCGAUACGCGAGCCGUAACUCAUCGCAACUUGUGGUCCAUUUGCGCACUCAUACGGCACUCAAAGAGCAUAUGAGAGACCACAACCUGAGGUCAUUGUCGUGUGAUUAUUGCAAUUACACGACUAGUUCGCGAUCUGCUCUCAACACUCACAUCAGAACUCAUACAAACGAGAAGCCGUUCAUGUGUUUGGUCUGCGGUUAUGCCUGUCGUCAGGCGUGUAAUCUUCACACGCAUAUGAAGAAAAGGCAUCCAAACACUGACAUCGAGUCCACUCCCAAACCUAAAACUAAAUCUCGAAAUCAAAUACCUUUGAGAAGCAGUCAAAGAGUGUCCAAAAACAGAGCUUAUUGUCAGACGAUAUUUCCGUGUCAUUUAUGCGACUGUUCUUUCGUGAGAGAGGACUCACUUCGAAGCCAUCUUCGCCACCAUCAGGACCUCAUUCCCACCACUGGUGCCGCUCUCGCUAUACUUCAACUCCAAACCGAUGAAGACGUUGUGGACAGCGAUAAACAAAACGAUAUAAUCGCCGAACAAACGCAACCCCAAGAACUCGAGUUAGAAAUGGACACAAAUGCCAAGAGUGUUGAGACCGUCGCCGUCGACAGUCUUCUCUACCAACGAUUGAUGAAUAAUAUGGAGACCAAUAGCGAGCACUCAUACAACCGGUCGAUAUCUACUAAAAGUACCACAAAAAGGGGUCGACCGCUGAAGAUAUCGCAGGGUCUCGAAGCGGAUCCAUUGCCAAAGCCUUUACAAUUGGUUCCAUCGCCGACCCCUUCGGGACAAGUGGUCUAUCAUUUGCCGCAAUCAAUGCGUUUGGUUUCAUACGUUCCCAUCGGAAACAACUCUAAUGUGGACACCGUUUACGUCAUAAACAGCGAUGCAAUUGAUCCCAACAGUGAUUCGCAGACAAUGGCAACGGAUGGCAAUCAAUGAUAAUUACAUUUUUGUGUUAAUAUAAUCUCAUUUUAAUAAAUGUUUCAAUUUUUCUCUAAUCAUUAAAUUGACCACAAAUUGAG